AUGGCAUGUUUUAAAUACUAAGGGUAAAAAGUGGUUUUGAUAAAUAAUUUGUAAAAAAUUAAAUAAAUUUAAAAAAAUAUAUAUUAGUUUGCAAAUUAAGGUCUACUAAAUAUCAGAUAGUUAACUAUAAAAAAGCAAAUAACUACCUCUAUAAAUACAUACAUACAUAAAGCAAGAAGAAAGAUGUGGAUUGUCGACUUAGUUUCUUAACCUUUAAACUGGAGAAUUUACUAGGGUUUAUUUAAAGGAAAAUGUCUUGAGGAUGAAAUGGCCUUCGCCAACUAUUACCACUUAGAGAAUACUAACAGAGUACUUCAUUUAUUUUGCUACAUUGCUACUUUCUCCCUUUUGACAGCUCAAAUGGAAGAUUAUUUAGGACUCAUAGGUUUAUACACCUGGUAUGCCUUUUUCACUUUGGUAUACUCUAAGAUUUCAAUUCCAAUCACCAUCUUCUAUCUUGGAUUAUCUCAUUUAAUUAAACCAUUCCUUUCUAAUGUUUUCCCUUUCUACUUUUUCCCCUUGGCUGUCUUCAUAUUCUAAGUUUUCUAGUUCUUAGGCCAUUACUACAUUGAAAAGAAAUUCCCUGCUUUCCGUGUGUUUGAAGCCACAGUAAUAACUCCUAUCACAAUAGCCUUAACAUUACUGAAUGAGAUAAUGCCUUUCCAAAGAGAGAUGGUUAAAGAAAUAGUUAAAUACACUGAAUUAUGGAAGUAAAAGUUAGAAGCUGAAUAAUGA